ACUACCGCCAAAUCCAUUCAUUGGCGAGCAGUUCUUUGCACUGUCGACGGACGCUUCCGGGGCCAACACACAAAGGUAACUACUUCACCGUAUAAAGUUUCUACCUUUAUCUGUUUUCCCUCCGAAAUCGCCUCCCAUGGCGGAUGACAUCUUCGGCGAAGAUUUUCUGAAUUUGGAAGCGACCCACCAAAAGGAAGGUUUCGAGGAAGGCUACAGAGACGGCUUGGUCGCUGGAAAGGAGGAGGCGAAGCCGACGGGUGUCAAAACCGGGUUCGAGGUGGGCGAGGAGCUCGGGUUCUACAGGGGAUGCGUGGAUGUUUGGAACUCCGCGAUCCGGGUCGACCCAACCCGGUUCACGCACCGGGUACAGAAGGCGGUGAGGCAGAUGGAGGAGAUGAUUGAGAAGUACCCGAUCAUGGAACCGGAGGACGAGAGCGUCGGGGAUGUGAUGGAGGCUCUGAGGUUGAAGUUCCGGGCGGUUUGUGCUUCGUUGGGUUUUUCUGCAGUUGGUGAUGAGCAGGAGGGAGAGAAAAUGUUGAAGUCGAUGCUUGGUUGCUGCAAGGUUUACAUAUCCGAAAGCAGAAACAGGGCAGCGCUGGAAUCAGUCGAACGGGCUGCUAAGCUUUUCUCGGAAGCACCGAUUGUGAAUAAGUUCGAAGAUGAAACGUACAACAGAGUUGGUUACACACUUGUCUCUACGUUGGCUCCAAAGCCGUCUGUAGAUCCUAGUCCUUUGAAGAUGGCAGUGCUUGCCAUGGUCAAGGCUGCUUUCGAAACAAUUGAUCUCGAGUCACAUUGUGGAAGUCAUCCGCGGCUCGGAGUUGUGGAUCAUAUAUGCUUUCAUCCCCUUCUCGGUGCUUCUUUGGAGCAAGUGGCUGGUGUUGCAAACUCUUUGGCUGCAGAAGUUGGCUCUAGUCUUCAAGUUCCUACUUUUCUCUAUGGAGCUGCCCAUGAAGAGGGAAGAACGCUUGAUUCAGUCAGAAGAGAGUUAGGUUAUUUCAAGCCGAAUUCUAGCGGAGAACAAUGGGUUGGGGGACCGAAAUCAGAUUACUUGGCGCUGAAGCCGGACAAGGGUCCCCCUCAAGUGACUCAAGGAAGGGGUGUCAUUGUGAUUGGAGCAACCCGGUGGGUUGAUAACUAUAAUGUCCCGGUCAUCUCUACUGAUAUUGCUGCUGUUCGUAGAAUUGCAAAACGAGUGAGUGGCAGGGGAGGCGGACUUGCUUCGGUCCAAGCCAUGGCACUUGCGCACGGUGAAUCCAUCAUCGAAGUCGCUUGCAAUUUGUUGGAACCAGAGAAGGUGCGAGGAGAUAGGGUUCAACUUGAAGUUGAGAGGCUUGCAAAGGAAGAGGGUAUGAGAGUUGGGAAAGGCUACUUCACUGAUUUUUCUCAGGAAAGAUUAAUUGAAAGUUACUUGAAGUCGGAUUUCAGUACAAACAAAAUGUGUUUCUAGAUUGUAAAAGCACUUUUAAUGUGCACUAGGACACAUAUUACUCCUAAUAAAAGUGCUUCUAGCUUUUUUUUUUUUUUUUGUCUAGAAGCUCUCUUAAACAAGCUCUUAGUCACUGUCGAUUACUUACAUCCCGUGAUGAGACUUAUAACUUGUUUGGUUGAAGUUUCCCCAUCCAUCGUUGUCAACACAACAUCCAAACGUUGGUUACUUUCUAUUUAUUUUUCAAUUAACUUGAAACUUUGUCA